CAAAAAUUUAAUAGUUUCAUAGCUAUAUACACGGCUAACAGUAUUACGAAAUAAUUUGUUGGACAUCAGCCGGUGCGUUAAGUGAAAAGUCAUUUUGGUGUGAUUUUUAAUCAAAAUACAAUUAUUUUCAAAAUAUUUAAAACAAAUUUAAUACAUUCACGCAAUGACUAAUACAAAUGUAGUGCCCAAGUAUACACAGCUUUUCAUCAACAAUGAAUUCGUUGACGCUGUCUCAGGAAAAAAGUUCCCAACAGUCAAUCCCGCAACCGGUAAGGUGAUCGCCGAAAUUGCCGAAGGCGAUAAGGCUGAUGUUGAUUUGGCUGUGGCUGCCGCGAAGAAAGCAUUUCACAGAAACUCCGAAUGGCGCAAAUUGAGUCCAACACAACGCAGCGAGCUGAUGCUGAAACUUUGCAGCCUCAUGGAGCGUGAUAAAUUAAUCUUGGCCAGCCUUGAGACACAAGAUAAUGGCAAACCACUGUCGAAUUCAAUUUUCGCUGUAGCGGCUGCCAUUGACGCACUGAAAUACUAUGCCGGCUGGACCGACAAGUUUACCGGUAAUACCAUACCAGCUGAGCCCUAUGUUGCACAAACACGCAAAGAGCCCAUCGGUGUUGUGGGUCAAAUCAUUCCCUGGAAUUAUCCCAUAAAUAUGUUGGCCUGGAAAUGGGCACCCGCACUUUGUGUUGGCUGCACCAUUGUGAUGAAACCAGCCGAGCAGACACCACUCACAGCGCUCCAUGCGGCUGCGCUCGCUAAGGAAGCUGGCUUCCCUGCUGGCGUUAUCAAUGUCAUAACCGGUUAUGGUCCCACUGCUGGUGCGGCGAUAUCGGAACAUCAUGACAUACAAAAGGUUGCCUUCACCGGUUCUGGUGAAAUCGGACGCAUCAUUAUGCAAGCGGCCGCAAAGUCUAACUUGAAACGUGUUACCUUAGAGUUGGGUGGCAAGAGUCCGCUGGUAAUUUUCGAAGAUGUUGACGUUGAUCAGGCCGUCAGUAUCGCACACAAUGCCGUCUUUCCAAAUGCUGGUCAAACAUGUUGCGCCGGCACUCGUACCUAUGUGCAUGAGAAAAUCUAUGAUGAGUUUGUCAAGAAGUCUGUAGCUUUGGCCAAGGCUCGUAAACUGGGCAAUCCAUUUGAUGCAACAGUCGAGCAGGGUCCACAAAUCGAUGAAGAAAUGAUGAAUAAAGUUUUAGGUUAUGUUGAUAUUGGCGUGAAGCAAGGCGCCAACCUGGCAUGCGGUGGUAAACGCUUUGGCAAUGAGGGCUAUUUCAUUGAACCGACUAUUUUCACCGAAGUUACUGAAAAUAUGAGAAUCGCACAAGAAGAGAUCUUUGGGCCCGUAAUGUCAGUCCUGAAAUUCAGCUCACUGGAAGAGGUCAUUGAUCGUGCCAACGACGUUGAAUACGGUCUAGCCGCCGGUGUGCUCACCAAUGACAUCAACAAAGCGACGAAAUUCGCCAACAAUAUAAAUGCCGGCUCCGUUUGGAUCAACUGUUAUACGGCUGUAAUGCCACAGACACCAUUCGGUGGCUACAAGCAAUCAGGCAUUGGUCGCGAAAUGGGUGCCGCUGGCUUGGAAGGUUAUCUGGAGACGAAAACUAUCACCUUGAAGUUGAACUAAUUGAAACUAAGAUCAAAACACAUUAAUUUUGUUACGUUUUAUUUUGUGGUAUUUAAUAUACACAUAUACAUAUAUUUCCUAUUGUAAUACACGCACGCACAGUGGUUAAGAGCAUUAAAAUAUUCAUAUAAAAAAAUAAUAUUUAAAAUUAAAAGAAGAAUGUGUAAAGGUCAAUGGUGCAAGUGGAAGAUCAAAACUUCAUAAGUAAUUCCUUUGAUUUGCCUUACAUUAAAUAAAUAAAUAGAAUAAUAUCAUUUAA